CUAUAGACAAGAUAAUGAAAGGAGAUAUCAAAAGUAUAACAGAUAAUAUCAUGUGUCUAAUUUUAUAAAACGUAACAUAUGAGAAAAAUACUUCUAUAUAAAUAAUAAAAAAUUAAAAAUGAAGCACUAGAUUUUUUAUACACAAACUAAAUUACUUUAUACAAAAUAAAAUGAAAUCUUUAGCUCCUGAAAAUCUCGAACAAUUAUUUCUUUUUGAAGUUUACGUGGAAAGCUUGAGCGUCGACUAUCCAAAACUAUGUCUCACUCAAAACUGCCUGAAUACGUUGAAGGAAACCAUCAUUCAAAUCCGAUUCCUGGGAUUCCAACCGAUAGAAAUAGGAGAAGAGGAAUUCAUAGGGGAGGAAAAAGACUGUGGGGACAGAAAGAUAAAUGCAGGAAAAUCGUGCUUGUUCUCCCUGCGAGACUUGCCGAGAGAGGUCCGCUGUCUGGAGGUCGAUGUGAAGGUGUUGAGGAGGACGGAACAGAACAGCUGUAUCACUCUUGCUGUCACCUCUGUCAAGCUCGGCGAACAGUUCGCGGACAUCCUCAAGUCGUCCAGCUCCAAGAAGCACUCCGCCAAUCUCAAGAAGCCCUUCACCCUCUACGAUAAGAGGUGCAAAAAGGUCGGCAACAUUACUGUCAAUUUUAAUCUGUCGUGUUUUGGGAAGAUUAUCACAACUAGCUUCCAAAUGGACGGAGAGGACAGUAAAGCCUAUGUGGUACAGCCAGGCGGCGAAAUCCCGGUCGCAGACUUCCUCAACAGCGAAUCCAGUUUGAAUAAAGGUGUGUGUCCUCCGAGCUACCGCUCAGCCAUGAACAUGACUCCUCCUUAUCAUAAUAUGCCCGGAGGGGGACUGUGGGGAGGGUAUGGUCCCCAACCACCGGUACCACCAAACCAAGGGGGACUGCCGGGGGGUUAUCCGGGGCAGAUACCUGGGCAGUUACCCGGCAGUUUUCCGGGACAGUUACCCGGCAGAUAUCCGGGACAGUUACCCGGUAGUUUUCUGGGACAGUUACCCGGCAGUUUUCUGGGACAGUUACCCGGCAGUUUUCUGGGACAGUUACCCGGCAGAUAUCCGGGACAGUUACCCGACCGUUAUCCGGGACAGGUACCCGGCAGUUAUCCUGGACAGUUUCCAGACAAUAUCCAGGGAGGACCAGCCCUAGGAAUGCCCAUCGGAGGAGGACUCCUGGGUGGGGCCCCCAAAGAGCUCAGCGAUUCAAGCUCCAGCGAAGAAGGACCCCCACCUCUGCCGUUUCAAGUUUGCAGCUGUAACUAUCCACUUCCUCCUGGUUUUCUGCCUCCUGCUCCUGUUAAGAAGAAGAAAAAAAAGAAGCAGAAGACAAAUGACUGUCCACUGGGAAUGAUGAAAGACUUUUGUUUGAACCCGAUGUGUCCUAAAGGUUACCCUCAACUGCCUAUAGUGGAAGAAAAGCAACAAGUGUGCCAAGCGAUGGAAGUACCAGCGGGCGUCAUUGGAAUGAAAGGGGAACAGAUGAUCUUCCAAUUGCCGCAAGACAACCAGCCAGUACCCGGUAACAGGAGAGCGCGCUUCAGCUUCGGAGGCGGAUAUAACAACAAUCUGAAAGACGUGAGGAUCAUGAAUGAUGGUGAGACCAAGAAAUUCAGCGUACCGAACAAAACGAACGACAUAUACGUCAUAAAAGUUGGAAAGACGAAUCAGGAGACAGAUCAGCGGCAGAAGAUGGUCCUGGAGGUAAAGCAACCCAGACCGCCAGUGGAUGACAGGACCUUCUACGACAUAAGGACACAAUACCUCGAAACCGACUUCAUGACAGAACCACCGAAAAAAGAUAAGCCAGAAAAAGGAAACAAAAAGAAAGGUAAGAAAGGCAAAGGCAAAGGCAAAAAGAAGUGAAACAUUGGAAUCAGAAGCUUUAGGAUAAAAUAAAGAUGUCAUUAAAUUUUUUAAUCAGCUCAAUACAAAACAUAUAGAUAUAAUAACAAAUCACCUGCAGUGAGUCUAUGAUUUAUG